AUGGCUCUGAGCCGUCCGCAGGCCUACGAGGGCAUGUCCCUUCCCGUGUCGCAGAUGCGAUCGAGCGCCAACGACGGACAUCCAAUAUACGCAAUGGACCAGCAGCAACUGCCUGGAUCCUACGGUGGGCACUAUGGUAUGCAGGUCGCCCAGCACAAUGAAUACCAGGGCAUGCCCGCUGAGUCUGGCUGGACGGAGCGAGUCCUCGAUGAAAUGAAGGACAUGCUAGUCCUGCUCACACCCCAGGGUCGGAUUACCUAUGCCACCCCGUCGUGUAAGAACCUCACCGGUCGUGGCGCGAAGCAAUUAGAGGGAAGCCUCUUGGCACAAUACGUCCACGAGGACGACCAGGCAAUUUUCCGGAAAGACUUGGACGAGUCGGUCGCUGCGAACCAAUCUUUCCGGACUCACCUUCGAUUCCAAAAGACCAACGGCACGUACUGCCUCAUGGAGGCCUACGGACAUCCCCACCUCGCAAGCCAGAACGGAUCCCCGCCCGGACAAAGCACAGUCAGGGGGCGCUGCACCGGGUUUUUCCUGAUAUGCCGACCGUACCCUAACAAGAUCUCACAGCUUCUCGACUCUUUUCUAGAACACAAGAUCGAGAACGCACGUUUGAUCCAACAGAUCGCUAAACUAAAGCAAGAGGAAGACGAAGAGGCCAGCGCAGCUCGGGCGCCCUACUCUCGAGUCGACGAAACCUCCGGGCUUCAUGGCGGAUCUGGAUCUUCACAGUCUGCGCCUUCGGGGGCCGGAUCUAGCGAUCAAGAAUCCCAUUCACCGGACACGAUAGGUGCGAACUCUGACGAGUCAGACACGAAUCAAUCGGGCCCCGGGGAGUCCUAUCCAGAGCCACCUGGCGAGACCUACACACACAUCGACGGGAUCGAAGUUAUGACCGGACUCUACUAUGGCGAUGGUGAAAGAUCGCAAGGACUUAGUACGGGCGGCAACCGCGGACGACUGGUGCAUUGUGAUAUCGAUAUCACGACGGCGGCGGACCAAGAGCGCAAUGCACAGGAAGGCGACCGACGCAAGCGCCUCAAGGGCCAGCAUGUCUGUGGCGACUGUGGAACGGCAGACUCGCCUGAAUGGCGGAAGGGCCCGAAUGGGCCUAAGACUCUGUGUAACGCAUGUGGCUGUAAGUGUCCCGUUAUCCCCGCUCCAAUCCUGCGGAUUUUCGUACAGGUCGAGUCUUGGCACUGA